AUUACGUUUGUAAUAAGAUACACUAGUUUGAAAUACCUAACAACAAAAUAAUAAAGAUACCUAUGUAUCUACAUAUAAAUGUAAAUAUGUGUAAAUCAUUAGAUGUAAAUAUGUUUUAAUCAAAUGUAAGUGCCUGUUUGACUUUGUAAAUAAGCAUUUUAAUUUUGCGACUUUAGUGCAGUUGAUAAAAUAGCGGUGAAUAGAACAAAAGCGCACCGAAAUCGAAGAAAAGGAGUUGAAAAUUUUAAUUUAAUCCAAACCAGGCACUUACUGUAUUUACAACAAAUACAAAAUGUCUAAUAAAGAAGAAAUAACACGAAAAACCACAAAACAUAUUCUGAAAUUAAACGCAAAGGAAAGACGUGAAUUCUUGGAUUCGUUUGAUCGCAUAUUCUCCGAUGUAGAUGGCGUAGUUUGGGCGCGUGAUGAAUACAUUCCACGUGCUGCGGAAGGGUUCAAAGCACUCUCGAACGCCGGUAAAAAAUUCAGCUUCGUAACGAACAAUGGCGUGCGGACGUUGAGUGAAUAUGCACAACGUUUCAAAGAGAUUGGCAUCGAAUUUAAUGCGAGCGAAUUCGUGUACCCCGCUAAGAGUGUUGUACAAUAUCUGAAUAGUAUUAA